AUGCACCACCCCACACGCCACCUGGUGGCCAUUCUGUGGCUGGCGUCGGCCAUCGCGGCCGUCCCGAUACGCCAGGGUCAGCUCCUGGCGGCGGUGCAGCGCCAGUACGAUGGGAGUCGCCCCGAAGCCAACGAUGCCACCGGAUUCCUGCAGGAGCUGAGCGAAGAACGGUCGGCUGAUGUGGUAGCGGCCGCUACCGGACAACCACCGGCGGUGGCGGCUUCGGGGGCACCAGCGGAUGCGCGUCCUCCGGCGGCGCCGUCUGCCGGUGAGACAUCGGGCGCCCGGAAACACAAGAUGCUCGGCUACUUUGGGCUGUACGCACCGAGCGCGGUGCCGGCGAUGGCGUUCGGUCAGCUGCCCUACGGCUACCCGCUCUACACAUCGAUGCUGGACUACUACGACGACUACUCCAUGGGCGCCGGAUCCUAUCCGAGUCUUAACAUGCUCGCCAACAUGCAGAGUUAUCCGCCCAACAUGUACGCCAACAUGCCGAACGGCUUCGGCUCGUACCCCUCGAUGGCCAGCCAAGGGCCGCAGCUUUCGCCCAGCCUGCAGCAACACCUUGCCAACCUUCUACAACAACAGCAGCAGCAGCAGCAGCAACAGCAACAACUGCAGCAGCAACAGGCGACGAACCCGCAGUUGGCGGCCCAGUUUGCGAACCUGGACGCAAACGCGGCCUCUCUCGGGAGCUUCCAGAGCCUGGCGGCCAGUUUCGCCGCCGGCAACGACAACUUCCAGCUGGACGACGAGGACAUCCUGUCGCGCCACAGCCAGGCGACGAGACGGCGCCCGCCGGGGCAGGUGAAGAACUCGCCCAUCUACUACAUCCGGCUGCCGCCGACGCCGUACAUGUUCGUGCCGGGCGUGGGCUACAUCUCGCAGCCCCCGACCAUCCAGCCGAUGGCCGCCCCGAUCCCUCAGUACCCGCAGCUCGGCCCACCCGUCACCAUGAGCCCGUUCUACCAGCUGCCGAUCAACUUCGUCUCGAACGGUAAACCGUCCGGCAUCUACCAGUGGAACGGUGGCCCGGCGCAGGGCGCGGCACCCACCCCACCGCCGCAGCCUGCAUUCGCCCUGCCGUACCCCAGACCGCAGCGGCCCGCUUACAUGCCGUCGCCCUUCAUCCAGGACUCGAAGGUGACGCACCUGAAGGGCCCGUUCCUGUUCAACGGCCGGCCGGAAGAGAUCUUCCUGCUGCAGAACGCCUUCAACCCGCUGUUCCAGAGCCCCCUGGCUGGCUACUACUAG